AUGUUUAAGUGGGCACAGAAACAGUUAGCCGACGUUGCCGGCACGAAAGAGCCCAUCUACGGCCCGUCAGCCAUCCGCAAUGUCUCCGAACAGGCAAAGACGACCCCUUACACCGAGUUGAAGAGAGAUGACAUGAAGUGGUAUGCGAUGAGCUCUACGAGCGUCGAGACCUUCAGCUUCUACCUUACUUCGGACAACGGCCAUGCAGCGCUCGCCCAGGUCAUCUAUAGUAAUGUGGCCGGCAUCCGCACAACCUGCCAGUUCAAUAGCAAGGUCUUCUACCCCGAUGAGAAAAAGGACUUCUUGUGGUGCUCGACCCAGCUCAAGGAUGUCGAGUUCAGCGAGGACAAGUGCAACUUCUACGCCCAGGACUGCGCAGUUGAGCUUUCGGCUGACGGCACGCAUUACACCAUCAAGUCGAUGACAGACCAGAGAGCCAUUGUCAACCUGACCAUCCGGAAGGCGGCUCCCGGAUUCGUGUCCGGCAAGGAUGGCAAGACCCUUUUCGGCACAGACCUAUCAAACCCAUGGGGAAGCAUGCGCCACGGCUUCUGGCCAAGAUGUACUGCCGAGGGCACCAUCACCACGGCUGAUGGGCCCAUCGACUUCAAGGGCAAGGCCCUGUUCAUCCAUGCGCUUCAGGGGAUGAAGCCACACCACGCAGCUGCGAGGUGGAACUACAUCAACUUCCAGGGAACCAAUGUGUCUGCAAUCCUGAUGGAGUACACCACGCCUCCGUCGUACGGCUCGACAGUAGUCAGCGUGGGGGGCAUCGCGAAGGACGGUGAGAUCAUCACUGCUGGAUGCUCGAACACAGUCACACACACGCGGAUCAAGAAGGACACGGAGAACUCAUGGCCAGAGCCGGAAGCCAUCAAGUGUGACUGGAGCGGUCAGACAAAGGAUGGGAAGAGCGUCGUGGGGCUGCUGGAGACGGAUCUUGAGCAGCGUCUUGACAAGAUUGAUGUGAUGGCCGAAGUCCCAGGCUUUGUCAAGCAGAUUGUCGCCGGGGCUGCCGGCACGAAGCCAUACAUCUACCAGUACAUGCCGACACAUCACAAGGUGACCCUCAAGCUCAAGAUUGGGGACACUGAGACCGUCGAAGAGGGAAUUCUCUUCAGCGAGGCCACAUUCAUUUCAGAAUAG